AUGUCUCAAAUCCUCGUCCUUCCAACACCGCUCCCUUCGAGUUCCUUUGCUCUCGGACAGCUGCUUAGGGACCCCCUGAGCACUGAGUCGAUAUCUUUCAAGCCCACAGUGACGCCAGCCCAUAACAAGCCUACGACUCAAACACGCUACGAAGACAUCAUCUCUCGAGAUGAAGAAGGGCGCCUCAUCUCUAGCCUCGGCAAAACCGCAUCGACAUACAACAACGCCGUGGUCUUGACCGCUGACGAGAUGUCCAUAGCUACAUUGGCCAACCCAUAUGUCGCCUUCGAGGCACUCCGUCGCGACACUGAGGCACGGAGUUUCCUUCGCAAAUCUGCCCUGCAGCACCAGCCAUUGUACUUCGUCACUGGCAUCCAGAAGCUCAAAAAUGCCUCAUAUCGACGCUCGCCUGCGAAAGAGGAGUCAACCGAUGCUACCAGACGUCAGAUCUGGUUGCCCAUGCACGUACGCUGCGACUCCGCUGGGCUCGAAUCUGAAAAGGAGGAUGCAGAGGAAUCAGUAUUCGCGGUCGAAUUGAUGAAGGUUGCUUGUCGUGCCGGUGCCAAGGACGAACCUCACUCUCUUGAGGACAUCGACUAUACCUGGACAUACCACGCCCUUGAUGAGCCGGACAUGCAUCUCUCAAUUGGUCUUGGGAAAGUGUUGCAGGCAAAGGAAUUGAGAGCGCUUGCUAGCAUCAUCAUUGAUGAGGACCUCGAGCCAGGACACUACGACCAAUACUUUGACGACGAGGGCCUGGCCGGAUUCUCCAGCGAUUAA